AUGCGUUUCGCUGGCAGUCUCAUCCUUGGCCUUUUGGCAGUAAACGGCCUGGCUCAAACAGUCAUUCCUGAUCAAGACGCAGAGCCUUCGGCCAUCGCUCAACCAGAACCAUCAGCGCCUGCUGCUGAGCCCUCAAAUCCUGCUCAAGACCAACCCUCAGAUGCUGGCGAUGACGGAGACGCACAACCGACAGAUGCGGAUAGCGUUCCAUCUGCCACAAAUGGCCCUGAGCCAACUGCUGUUGAGCCAUCAAAUGAAGCUUCCCAAGCUUCGGGCGACGAACAACCCACCGCGACGGCGAGCGAUGACGACGAGGACGCCUCCACAGCGGAAGGUACAGCGACAGCGGAUGCUACUGCCACAGAUGCCGAUGCGACAGCUACAGCGUCCGAGACCGACGACGAUGACUCGACCGACACAGCCACUGCGACAGCUACAUCCAGCUCUGCCCCUACAAGCACAGGCACCGUAGUCGAAGUCGAUCUCAAGAACGCUACAAUUGGCGAAAACGCUCAACUCGUCAAGGUUGAUGGCAAGGACGCCAUUAAAUUGAGCGCCCCCGCCAACGGCCAAGCAACCUUCAGCGUCGCCGUCGACAGCGACGAUGAAUUGAACACGGACGAGCUCAUCUACAUUGUCGCAUCGAUCCUCGUCGGCGAGCCAAGCAGCGCAAAACUCCGGCGACGAGCCGACAAGACCGAUUGUACACUGCAGAUCCAGGCUGACGGGCAGAGCGUCUAUGAGGAACCGCUGUACACCAACAAUGGCCAGUUCCAGGACGUUACCAGCAGCGGCAUCCAGUCUUCGGAUAAGCCCGAGGUGCAGGUCACGCAGAAGUGUGGCGACAAGCCAUCGCCUCUGACUGUGAAUAACGUUCGUGUUGGAAACGAGAGUGGCGUCAAGUCGAGCGCUGGCUCUGGAGGCUCGGGCAGUGGUGGAAGCGGUAGCGGAAGUGGAAGUGGGAGCGGUGGAAAGGGCGGCAGCGGUGACAAGACUUCCACGGCGACGGGUGCUUCAGCGAGCGAAACUGGCGACUCCGGUAAUAUCGGUGCUAGGACCAAGGCCAGCGUUGGUGCUCUUGCUGCUGCUAUCCUGGCCGCUGCCGCCAUGUUGUAA